GGAGCUGGGAGAAUGUCCCCAAAGGAGACUGAGUGGAGAGGAGUUUCACGAUGCCUUUUUACCUUUUGGUUAUGAAGCUAGAGUUCUGCUUUUCCAUCCAAUAUUGAUGGCACUUUAAGGAAGGAGCAGGAAGGUUUAUAUGGACUAUAAUGCAACCACCCCCCUGGAGCCAGAGGUUAUCCAGGCCAUGACCGAGGCCAUGCAGGAAGCCUGGGGAAAUCCCAGCAGUCCUUACCCGGCAGGUAGGAAGGCCAAGGAUAUUAUCAGUGCAGCUCGGGAAAGCCUUGCGAAGAUGAUAGGUGGGAAACCUCAAGACAUAAUCUUCACUUCUGGGGGCACGGAGUCAAAUAAUUUGGUAAUCCAUUCUGUGCUGCGGCACUUCCACAAAGUCCACGCCUCAGAGGGGGACGCGGCUGAGCGCCACCGCCUGGUGGAGGGGGCCAUGCCCCACUUCGUCACCUGCACCGUGGAACAUGACUCCAUCCGUCUGCCCCUGGAGCACCUGGUGGAAGAACAAGUGGCUGCGGUCACCUUUGUCCCGGUGUCCAAGGUGAACGGGCAGGCAGAGGCUGACGACAUCCUGGCUGCCGUCCGCCCGGCCACGUGCCUCGUGACCGUCAUGCUGGCCAACAAUGAGACCGGCGUCAUCAUGGUGCGUCCCUGGCGGGGAGAGGGGCCAGGCUCUGCGGGUGCUCGCGUCGCGCUGGGCCUCUUCUGUCCGUCUGCUCUUGGGCCCGUCCCUGAACUCGGCCGGCGCGUUGCCGCCCUGAACCAGCAGAGGGCAGCCGCGGGGCUGCCGCGCGUGCUCCUGCACACGGACGCCGCCCAGGCCUUGGGCAAGCGGCGCGUGGACGUGCGGGACCUGGGCGUGGACUUCCUGACUAUCGUGGGGCACAAGCUCUAUGGUCCGAGGAUUGGAGCGCUUUACGUCCGUGGGCUCGGUGAACGUACCCCGCUGUACCCGAUGCUGUUUGGAGGUGGGCAAGAACGGGGCUUCAGGCCAGGGACAGAGAACACCCCGAUGAUUGCCGGCCUUGGGAAGGCCGCUGAGCUGGUGACGGAGAACUGCGAGGCUUAUGAGGCCCACAUGAGAGCCGUUCGCGACUACCUGGAGGCGAGGCUGGUGGCUGAAUUUGAUAAGAAAAUCCAUCUCAACAGCCAGUUUCCAGGGACUGAGCGACUCCCGAACACGUGUAACUUCUCCAUCCAGGGACCCCAGCUCCAAGGCCGCCUGGUGCUGGCACAGUGCAGGACGCUGCUGGCCAGCGUGGGGGCUGCGUGCCAUUCGGACCAGGGCGACCGGCCGUCCCCGGUGUUGCUGAGCUGUGGCAUCCCCGCUGACGUGGCCAGGAACGCGCUCCGGCUCAGCGUGGGCCGUAGCACCACCCUGGCCGAGGUGGAUCUCGUGGUGCAGGACCUGAAGCAGGCGGUGGCCCGGCUGGAGGGCCAGGCCUAGCGCCCCGGCCGCCUCGCAGGAAGCCCUUCCGGGGGCUGUGCCAGGGUGACGCGCCUUCAUUUGUCCAUCUCUUCAUUUUGCCCUGGAGGGUCUGAGUGCAGUGACUCGUGGUUUGUGUGUACUCUGGGCUUCCCCCCACCCCCAUAUGCAGGUCAGCGGGGAGUGGGUCUGCUGGGCACACAGACCCCAGAGGUGCUUAUAGGCCCAGGACACAAACGCCUGCACGGACUGUCGCUGUUACUGCGCCCAGCAGCCUAGGCUGAAGUGGAAUGUGGCCACGCUGCCCUCUAGGAAGUCGGCUGAACCUGUCAUCAGCAUCCCCUUUCUGGGAUGUGGUGUUUUUAUCCUGAAGAUAAAAUCCUAGUAUUUAUAAUCAGUUGCCAGCUGCUAUCAUGAAAAUAGGAACCGUGACUUUUGGCUUCGAUCAGGGCCUCCCUGUAAAUGUCUGCAGAGCGGUCAGUAUGCCCCUGCGCCCUCCCCUCCGGGCCCUCCUCACGCUCUUUCCAGACAGGCCCUGCUCUCUGCUCAGUGGCCCCCGCUUCCUGGCCUUGCGCGUCUCUCAGGCUGCGGGCCACACUGCCUUCCCCACCCAGACUCUCCAGGCCCCUCCCGUCUUUUCCCCUUUGAUCAUUUACUCAGGUUCUCAGCCCAGACGGCACUGAGUUGUGGGGUGGCCGCUGCUCAGGUGGCUCUGGGCUGUUCCUGAGGUGGAAAGCCAGUUCAUCCCUGACUCUGCCUUCAUCUUAAUUUUAUCUGCAGAAGAAUGUUUAUCGUGACAAAUGCUUGUGGUGUUCUGAUACACAUCAGAUGUCACUUACAUAGGAAUGACUUUUUAAUUGAAUAACACGUAUUGUAUGGUUUUAAGGUGCAAAGAGCUACAUGAUGACAUUGAAGAAACAAUUAUGAGAAAUUAAGUGAACUAAUAAAAGAUUUCAGCGCUGUAUUGGA